AUGGCGGCGGCGUGCGCGGCGGCGCGGAUGUUCGCCUACAACGCGACCCUCUGCGCGUGCGACCCGGGGUACUACCUCUCGGCCAACGGCACCGGCACCGCCUGCGUCUCCCUCCCCGCCUCGGGCGACGGCAACACCUUCGCCGACUGGCAGGUCGGGGCCGUCGGCGCCGGCUCACGCAACCAGACGCUCUACUUCCUCGCCCCGGUCCUCUCCCUCGACGCCGUCCGCCGCCUCACCCAGUCCCAGGCCGUGCUCCUCUUCACCGCGCUCGUCACCCUCCUCUCCUGGCUCGCCUUCUGCGCCGCCGCCAGGCUCGCCGGCCGCGACCCCUCCGGCAACAAGAAGCUCUUCCGCGCCCGCUUCUGGAUCAGCCGCCUCGACUGCAUCUUCGACACCCAGCACUGGGCGGCUGACCAGCAGGUGCUCAAGAAAAGGAAGACAGAGCUGGGUGGAAUGUGCUCUGUUGCUGCCCUCAUACUCUUCAUUGGAUUGGUCACUGUGCUGCUGUACCAAGCCAUCAAUAGGCGCAACAUCGAGGUGCACCGGGUCAAGCCGGCCAAUGCUCCUGAUCUCUUGGCCUUCGUCAACGACAUCGAGUUCCACAUCACCACCAUCUCGAGCAUGUCCUGUUCUCAGGUGACCCCGCCUUCGACGAUCGCGAUGGGGACGCCCGGGUUCAUGGACUUCAGGGUGUUGCCCCUCUCGACGCUCUUGACCUACAGUUGCCAGAACACGAGCCAGGGGCCGUCUAUCACGCUCAAGUGCAGCGGCUGCAGAAUGCCUCCAAGGGACCACUACGUGUCCUGGCAGUUUGUCGACCUGCCGGCGCGGCCGGCGAUAGCUGUUGGCUUCCAGUUCAACCUGACUACCAAGCAAACCGGGGACAAUGAGCACGUGAGCUUUGUCAGUGGGACCAUAAACUCUGACAACUAUGGCGAUGAGAAGCUUAAGACAUUCAGAGGGACAGACUCCAACGUGCUCAAGAUUCAGCUGUUUCCCCAGAUAUACAACAAACUUAACAACCUGAAGCUCUUGCAGCCACUGCUUCAGGACUUCACUCCAGGGUCCACCUUUUCGGAUGUCCGGAGCUUGAAUGCUUCCCUGCAGAACCCUACAGAUGGAGUAUUAAACACUACGCUCUACAUAAGUUAUCUUUCAGACUACAUCGUGGAGAUUAGUAACGAAAGUGUGCUAGGCCCAGUCAGUAUAAUUGCGAGUAUUGGUGGCCUUUAUGCCUUCAGUAUAGCGAUAUUUCUCUGCCUCAUGGCUCAAUGUGAAGCUAGGAUAAAGAAGCUCCGUAAUGAGGAUACAAGAAUGCUGAAAAUUCUGAGCAAACGGCGAGCUCAACAGAAUUGGGAUAAGGUGAGGAAGUUUGUGAUGUAUACCUGGGGCCCUAGCAACUUGGAUCCAACUGACAGAAGUGGCAAGUGGCCUGAAGCUUCAAUGAUGGAUUCUCUCCAUGAAUCCUUCCACAAGAAAAGAAAACCGACUAGACGAGCUACCUCGAUUGCUACCAGAACGUUGAGAGAUCAUCCUGACGUGGUUCAAUUGACAUCGAAAGAGCUGGGUAGAUGCAGCAUUAGACAACCUUGA